CAUAAUCAUUGUUUAUAUAUAUAGGUGACUGCAUUGUAGCUGAACUAGAGUCUAUACAGUCAUACUAUAACUAGACUGUAUUUUCUACUAGAUCUAAUACUUAAUUAAUUGGCAUACAACACCUAUAGAUCUACUAUAGUACUAGUAUACUUUGAUGGAUGAUUACACUAGUUUGACAUUCCUUCUGCUUGCAAUUGCAGGGACAUUCACUGUAGCUGUAAAAGCCCAACAGUUUACAAUUGAGCCUGAGUCAGUGGUACGAGCCGAGGGAUUAUUGGCAGAGUUUAAGUGCCUGUCUCCUGGAGCACUAGCUCACCCUUGGUUUGUGAGUGGCAUCCAGACCACAAGCCCUAACAGUUCAUUUGAAAUCAGAGUAGCUGGAGGCACUUCUGGUCAUCCCUCAGUGCUGACCAUCCCAGCCAGCUUACAGUUCAACAACAGUGUCAUUCAGUGUCUUGCAGCAUCAGUGACUAGUGUAGUGUUCUCAAGGAAUGCAACAUUGAUAGUUGAGCGUGUAUCUAUUAAAGUGGUGAAUAGUGAAACCCACCUUACUGUCGCUGUGACGAAUAUCUUCACUCUGAAUAAUGAUACCUAUCGUGUGGACAUCUUGCUUACUGCUCUGGGCACCAAUGAGAUGGUUGCACUCCCUCCUCUAAAUGGGCAAACAAAUCAAGCACAGUUUAAUUACGGAUAUCCUAACCACACUGUCUGUGAUAUACUCACCUUCAUUAUGACUCCAAUUAGUGAGUCAGGAAUGGAAGGAAGAUCCAGUGAACCUGCAGUCCCUGGGUUUUUUACACGAGUAACAGGUGAUAGCAUUGCCCCACUCAUCAGCCAGAAUGAAGAUGUGUUGAUGAAAAUAGUGACUCUCAUUGAUGUGGUGCCUAACUGCCGCAACUUCACUCAUUACCAAAUAGACUCAGAUGCUCUGCCAGGUCCCAUCACUGAGAUCAUACAAUACCCGCUGACUGUGCUGAGUUUCCCUCUUCCCUCUGACAUAAUAACCAACGUCACUGUCACACUUACUGCACUGGGGGGUGUUGAACUGAUAUUCCAAAAUAUAGCAAUACGAACAACUGACGUUCAAAAUUUGACGGUGGACGUUUGCCCUGAAGGAAACUGUAUUAGUGUGAGCAUUGAGUAUGUUGAAGGUACCCUCUCUCCCGGAGCUCUUGUCUGUGUGAUACGUAUCACUGAUGGAGAGUUGGAUUUUGGUAGCAUAAAAGUGAUUACCAUACCUCAUAGCAGGAGUGAGAAUUUCACAAUAUUAGCUGUUCCCAGCGGAAACUACAGAGUGAUUACGUUUGAUCUUGAACGCAAUUUUCUGCCGAGAAUGCCCAUCUCAAUAGCAGCUGACAGCAAGGACAUAUCUGUUACGGUGUCCUCAGGAGAUGGAGGACAACCUCCCAGUUGUGAGGGCGUUUCUGUCACAAAGUUGCCAAAUGGAGAUGCACAAGUGACUUGUGCUGACUCUGAUGUCGUUUGUCUUGUUUUGUUUCAGUCUACCAUCGCUCUCGACAGAAUUUUAGUUGCUCUCAUUGACUCAUUUGCAAGUUCAACGACCUUCUCUGUCAGCGACACUUUUGCUAAUGGCCAUGUGAUAGUGUACUCUUGGAAUAGCUCACAGUCCAUCUUCGACGGGAAGGUAUCACUCAUUAGGCAACUCAAUCCACCAACAAGUGCACCUUCUACCUUGUCUCCUACCGACCCCCCACCGGUUACUGGGUCCCAAUUUCCAUUGGCCACAGGAGUAAUAGUUGGGAUAACUGUGGUGGUGAUUCUGCUCUUGAUUGUAAUUUGUCUAAAAAAAGGCAAAAAGAUGCAGAAUGAAGUAACUAUUCAAGCUCCCGAAUCAGAUGGACAAGUGGAUUGGUGCUCAACGUUUCCAGGAAUUGAGCAGCCCAACGAAGCUUAUGCUCCAGUACUCAAAAAGAACAUUGCUUAUGAGCAAACAAAGAAACCACGGGGACAAAGGAUUGAUGACUCACAAGCCCCGGCAACAACAGAGGGAGAGUAUGAGAUCAUUGAGCCAGUUCAUGAAUACGAGGAUGUGCUCCCGAAAACUAUAUCGCAACAUUUUGACUUUACAAAACUAGAUUUAGAUGGGCAUGGCCCGUCCUCCAUUAUUAAAUUGCUUUAUUCAUUAUUUUUAUGGUCACAAUCUUUUGUAUAGACAAUUGCAAACCAGGUACCGUAUAGCUGCGGGUACAAAUUUUUUGCUAUUUGGCUCCAGAGCCCUCAAUAGAAAUGUUCAUGGGAUCUAAUAUUCGCGGUUCAUUGCCAGGAGACCACACCCACCAAUAAGCUUUAAUAUCGGCGCGUGGGAGUUUAUCCUAGUUUUAAUUUUCUGCCCUCAAAAAACGAACACUUUUCACCUCACGAAAAUUCUCGUAUGGAUAACUAGAUAAUACACUUAAUGAAUGUAGUUCAAUCAAAUUUGUAGACCAAGGCUAGAAAACAUAAUUAUUCAAGUGUAUGUAACAUUGUUGUCAUACUUGCAAUAUUCUUGUACAGGAAUGACCUCAUGAGAAGAAG